AUGUCCUCCACAACCACCUCCGCCUCCGACUCCACCUCCACCCGGUCCCAAUCGCAAUCGCAAUCCCAAUCCCAGACCCAACCACCCCAACAAUCCGAAGACCCAACACCCUGGCCACCAAAACCACCGAAACCAUGUCGUCUGAAUAUCGGCGCCAAGACCAAGGAGACGAGGAGCAGUACAGUCACAACGACCAAGACAAAGGACGAGGCGGACCGAGAGUAUGAGGAGAGGAUCGAGGACGAGUAUGCUAAGCGGGAGGGCGGUGCGUGA